AUGGCAUCCGAAACUAAAAACCACAAAGAAACCGAUUCUGAUGUUAAAGAAAAAACAGAAUUAUGGCUCAAAUGGGAUCAAUGUGAAGCCACAAGAAAAGAGAUCGAGAAUUUAAAGAAUGAAAAUAAAUGGGAUGAUUUGAGUGUUCGUUUGUGUCAUCGUAUUCACUUUGGUACAGCUGGUUUAAGAGCGAAAAUGGGUGGUGGUUUUUCUUUGAUGAAUGAGUUGACGGUUAUUCAAGCAACACAAGGACUUUUACGUUACUUACAACAAGAAUUUAAAGACGAUUUAUCUUCCACAGGCGUUGCGGUUGGAUUUGAUGCAAGACAUAACUCACAUCGAUUUGCUCAACUUGUAGCAGCAUUAUUCGCAAGUGAAAAUAUUCAAUGUUAUUUGUUUACUACUACAGUUCCAACACCAUUCAUUCCAUUUUCUGUUAAGCAUUUGAAUUGUAAAGCUGGUAUCAUGGUAACAGCAUCACAUAAUCCAAAAGAUGAUAAUGGUUACAAAGUAUAUUGGGCAAAUGGUGCUCAGAUCGUUAGUCCACAUGAUUCAAAUAUUGCAAAGUGUAUCGAAGAAAAUUUAGAACCAUGGAAAGAAAAAGCAUGGAAUUUAGACAUUUUAGAAAAGUCAAAUAAAGUGUGUGAUCCAAUGGAAAAGGUUCAGGAAAUUUAUUUUAAACAGCUACGUCGUCUCUGUUAUUUUCCUCAAUUAAAUUCGUCUCCCAAGGCUCCAAAAUUUGUUUAUACCCCUAUUCAUGGUGUCGGUCAACCUUAUGCUGAACAAGCCUUCAAAGUAUUCGAGUUUAAACCGUUCAUCAGUGUUACUGAACAAAAAGAUCCGGAUGCGGAAUUUAGAACUGUUAAAUAUCCAAAUCCUGAAGAGGGUCAAUCAACAUUGCAGCUAGCAGAAGAAACAGCAAAUAAAAAUCAAUGUGAUUUUAUUUUGGCUAAUGAUCCAGAUGCUGAUAGAUUUGCGUUAGCGGAAAGAGAUCCUGUGGGAACAGUGGAAAGUGGAUGGAGAAUAUUAACAGGAAAUCAAUUGGGAGCAUUAUUAGGUUGGUGGCGUUGGUUUACGUGGCGUAAUUCAAAUCCGGAUGUUAAUGUUGAUGAUGUGUACAUGUUAUAUUCGACAGUCUCUUCUCAUAUUUUAAAAUCAAUUGGAGAAGUUGAAGGAUUUCAUAUAAUUGAAACAUUAACAGGAUUUAAAUGGCUUGGAAACAAAUCAGUUGAAUUAAUCAAAGAUAAGAAACAUGUAUUAUUCGGUUUUGAAGAAGCAAUUGGUUUUAUGUGUGAUCCUUACAAUGUGUUGGAUAAAGAUGGUAUAUCAGCGUGUGUUGUUGGUGCUGAAUUAUGUACGUAUUUAAAAUCGAUUAAUCGUACUUUGUAUGAACAAUUAGAUCACAUAUCAACAAUAUACGGCUAUCAUAUUAAUGAAAAUUCUUACGUUUUCUGUUAUAAAACAGAUGUUAUGUUAAAAAUAUUUCAUCGAUUACGACAUUUCGAUCAAGAACAAAGUAACACAGAAAAAACACAAACCGAAAGCAAAGACAAUAAAGAAAAAAUAUCGGCACCAUCGGAUAAAAGUCAAACAACAGAUGCUCAUAAAUCAGAGAGAAAAGAAGAAAGUGUAAUUGUUCAAUAUUCAAAUAAAAUAAAAUCGCAUAUUAGUGUUGAUGAAAAUCAACAAAAAACAGCUAAUGAUGAAGACUAUGUGUAUCCAACAACAUGUGGAAAAUAUAAUGUAAUGGGUAUUCGUGAUUUAACUGUUGGAAUUGAAGUGGAUUUUAGAACAAAAAAAGAUAAAAAGCCAGAAUUACCAUGUUCAUCAGCCACACAAAUGUUAACAUUUUAUUUUGAUAAUGGAUGUGAAAUAACAAUCAGAGCGUCAGGUACUGAACCAAAAAUUAAAUGGUAUUCAGAAAUACGUAAAAAACCGUCGAAUACGAAUGAAAAUCAAUUACAUGAAGAAUUUCGUCAACAAGCUCGAGAAGAAUUACAAGAUUUAUUAAAUACGUGUAUAAAAGAAUUUUUACAACCAGAAAAAAAUGAACUAAUUGAAAGAGAAACAUCAAGAAAAUAA